ACCUGAGGGAGGUUUACUUUUUAAAUUAUGAGAACCAUAGGUAGGGUAGAGAGUCAUUAACAAAUAACUGAGUUACAAUAAAAUACAGUAAAUAAAUUGUGUGAAAGAGGAAGCGCGAGGUAGUGUCCAUGAGUCCCUGGACUGUUCAGGAGCCUGAUAGCGGAGGGAAAGAAGCUGUUCCAAAAAUGUUGAGUGUGUGUCUUUGGGCUCAUAUACCUCCUCACUGAUGGUAGCAAUGAGAAGAGGGCAUGUCCUGGGUGAUGAGGGUCCUUAAUUCUACCUGCAGCAGUAGAUGCAUUCCAUCUGAAGGACCCUGUGGGACCCUUCUGUACUGACCAGGGAUGGCAGCCCGGGUCUUUAUCUGUGCUUGACUCUCUGCCUCGGAGGGCAGAGCACGUUGGAGUGCUUAAAUCUGAUAACUUGUUGUUAUCUCACUGCUUGCAAGGAAACAGAACCGCUGGCAGCCUGCCAGUAACCAGAGGACACGGAGUUAAGAUCAUUGGCAAAGAGGUACUGGGAUUUGUUUCAGACGCAGAGACGCUAGGAUACCUUGUCCAAGAGGGUGACUGAUGCAGAUUUAAUUAGACCAUUUUCCUGAAGAGAACCGAAUAAAUAUUUGGGUAAUAUUUAGUAGGGCUCUGGGGGUGGGCAGGGAAAUGAGACUAAUGGAAUGACUCAAUGAACCAGGGCAGGCAGACUGGGCCAAAUGUACUGUGUCUGCACUGUUGUGUGUGACUUUUACCAUUGCUCAGGAUACCUGUAUCCAUUGGGAAACACUGCCCAAUCAGAUUAGAGGGUCUGGGUUCCACUUGACCAGGAGAACAUUGUUUUCAGGUACGAUUUUAAGCAGAAGAUUGUAAUGAGUCUUUGCCUUAGAACAAGUUCUUAACUGGUGAAGUAACAUGUACAUAUAUAUAAGUGAGAUUCAAUAACGGGCCUGGGAGUGAUUUGCCAAGCUCCUUUGCUGGGUCUGAUUUGGGUUAGAGGUGAUAGGGAUGACAACAAUGUGAUAUCCCCCAUGCCCCACACUCGGGGCUGGGCAUUGUUCCACAUUCCCCAGGGCAAAGUCCUUCGACAAGCUCCUGACUCCUUAGAGGGGGCAGGUUCCAGAGUCCCGAGGGAGGGGGCAGAUCCCUGGGAAGGGCAGGUUCCUCAGAACAGAGAGGACAUGCAGGUUCAAAACCCUGAGGAAAUGGGGUUUCCUGGCGGGGUGGCAGGUUUCUGAAUCCCCGGGAGCAGAUUCCCGAGGGAGGGGGGCAGUUUCCUGUGUCCUGAGGGGCAGGGGCAAGUUCCAGAGUCCUGAGAUGGGGGUAAUUUCUGAGGGGGAGUGGAGGGGAGGGAUUUCAGAGUGUUAAAGUUUUCUGAGUCCUGAGGCAUUUUGCAGGUUCUUGAGUUCAGGGGAAGGGGGCAGUUUCCUGGGGGAAGCAAGCAUUGAACUAAAUCCUGAGAAUGGGAUCAAGUUCUUAAGUCCUGAGACAGAGGACAAUUUGCUGGGUGGUGGGGGUGGUGUGGAGAGCAGGAUUCUGCGCCCGAGGGGUGGAAGUUUCUUGAUGGAGGGGCAUUUUACUGAGACUUGAGAGAGAGAGUUCAGGUUCUUAAAUCCUGAAGAGGGAGGGGUAGGUUCCUGAGCAGAGUGGAGGGCAAUUUCCUGAAUCUUAAAGAGGAGGACGGGGUGGGGGAUGUUUCUGAAGCAGGGAGGGGAGGGGGUGUUCCUGAAGCGGUUCCCGUGCCCUAUCCGCAAACUGUCACACACUGUAAGAUGCGGCCGGUUGCAGACCCCGCCGGGAGCUGCGGGCAAUGAAUGAGCGAGCGGCAAAAGAGCGACUCAAGGAGAGGGAUUCAGCGGGAGCGGGUACAUCCCCACAACAACAACCCCCCACCCCCCCACCAACCCAGAUUCAGGGUUCCAAGUCCGGGACGUUGGACGGACCGCAGUUAAAUACCUCCCCGCCCGCUGAUCUCUACAAUUAGACAGUCGGGAGGUUCAUCUGACACUUGGCCGAAUCUCGCCCGUGCCCGGCUCGGCGCAGAGCGGAGCAGCUCCCCGAACACCACGCGGCGGCCGGAGCUCCCCUCACCCUCGCCGGCACGGCUGCCAGCAGAUAUCAUCCCAGCACAAGAACCCAUUACAAGUGGUGAUGAAGGCCAGGAUGCCAGCAACAAGGAGCUCUCACGGGAAGAGAAGUCUGGCCCCGCUCCACUCCCGUCCGCUAUUGUGGGGGACACUUCUCCUGUUGGUCUUGCCAGCGGUGGAAACCGGGAAGUUGAACAUUCCCAGGCUCAAGCUCUCCCAUAGAGAUCUGCUGAUCUCAAACAGCUGCAUUCCAUUCCUGGGAUCUGCCGAGGGCUUUGAUUUUCAAACUAUUCUGAUAGAUGAGGAGAGAGGGAAACUGCUCCUGGGAGCCAAGGAUCACAUCUUCCUGCUCAACUUGGACAACCUCAACAAAAACAUACAGAAGAUUCAUUGGCCUGGAAGCAAGGAGGGAAUGGAAAUGUGCAGGCUAGCGGGGAAGCAUCCCUCUAGGGACUGUGCAAAUUUCAUCCGAGUCCUUCAUAAUUACAACAAGACCCAUGUGUAUACCUGCGGGACUGGGGCUUUCCACCCAAUGUGCGCCUUUAUCGAGAUGGGAGCCCAGGCAGAGGAGCCUGUGUUUCAGCUGGAUUCACACAGUCUUGAGUCUGGGAGACUGAAAUGUCCCUUUGACCCUCUGCAACCUUUUACCUCAGUGCUAACAGAUGAAUACCUGUAUGCUGGAACAGCAUCGGACUUCCACGGCAGAGACACGGCAUUCACUCGCUCUCUGGGACCGCCUCUCAGCCAAAACUACAUUCGCACUGACCUCUCUGAACAUUACUGGCUCAACGAAGCCAAGUUCAUCGGAGCGUUCCCCAUCCCCGACACCUACAAUCCAGACGACGAUAAGAUAUACUUUUUCUUUCGAGAAGCCACAGAGGACAGCCACACCUCUGACAGAGCCAUUUUUUCCAGGGUUGCUCGUGUCUGUAAGAACGAUGCUGGGGGACAGCGAAGCCUCAUCAACAAGUGGACCACGUUCCUGAAAGCCCGCCUGGUGUGUUCCGUCCCGGGUCCUGACGGAGUCGACACCUAUUUUGAUGAAUUACAGGAUGUGUUCCUGCUCCAGACCAGAGAUCAAAGGAACCCCCUUGUUUAUGGAGUCUUCACUACCACAAGUUCGAUCUUUAAGGGCUCAGCAGUGUGUGCCUACAGCAUGGCUGAUAUCCGCGCUGCUUUCAAUGGACCCUACGCUCACAAGGAAGGUCCUGAUCAUCGUUGGGUUGAGUACGAGGGUCGAAUCCCCUACCCCCGUCCAGGGACAUGCCCUAGUAAAACCUAUGAUCCCCUGAUAAAGUCCACAAAGGACUUCCCGGAUGAGGUGAUCAGCUUUAUCCGCUACCACCCGGUGAUGUACCAGUCUGUGCACCCAAUGGCGGCGAAGCCCGUCUUCACCAGGAUCAACGUGGAGUACCGGCUGACGCAGAUUGUGGUGGACCACGUGGUGGCUGAAGACGGACAGUACGAUGUCAUGUUCCUGGGCACAGAUAUUGGCACAGUUUUGAAAGUGGUGAGCGUCACCAAGGAAAACUGGGUGAUUGAGGAAGUCAUCCUGGAGGAGCUGCAGGUGUUUAAGGGUCAUUCCCCAAUAUUGAACAUGGAGAUCUCUGCCAAACAGCAACAGUUGUACAUCGGCUCCAGGGACGGGCUGGUCCAGCUCUCCCUGCAUCGCUGUGAUACCUACGGUCAGGUCUGUGCUGAGUGCUGUUUGGCCAGAGACCCUUACUGUGCUUGGGACGGUAUCUCCUGUUCCCGUUACAUGCCAGCAUCCAAGCGGCGGACGAGACGUCAGGAUGUGAAGCACGGAGACCCAGUCAGCCAGUGCUGGGACCUGGAGGAAAGUAUGAACAGGGAGAGUGACGAGAAGCUGAUGUUCGGUAUCGAGUUUAACUCCACUUUCCUGGAGUGUCUCCCCAAAUCUCAGCAAGCCUCGAUCCGGUGGUUUGUUCAACGCCCCGGCAAUGAUUAUCGGGAGGAGAUAAAAAGCGACGAGCGCAUUGUCAAAACUGAACACGGCCUGCUGAUCAGAAGGGUGGAGAGUCGGGACGCCGGGCUGUAUCUGUGCAGGGCGGAAGAGCAGUCCUUCGCUCACACCAUCGUCAGGCUGGAUCUGCGGGUGAUCGAGAACGAGCAGAUGCUGAGCGCCCAGAAGGCGGCGGAGGAGGACGUGAGGAGCCGGGACUUUGCCUCGGAGUCGCGGCUGAGAUACAAGGAGUACGUCCAGCUGCUGAGCAGCGCCAGCUUCACCGUGGACGACUACUGUGAGCAGCUGUGGCACCGCGAGAAGAGGCGGCAGCGGAACAAGGGCGCCGGGAAGUGGAAGCACGUGCAGGAGAUGAAGAAGAACAGGAACCGGCGGCACCACGCCUAGGCUGGUGCCGCAGGAGAACGCGAGUCCCAGCCUCAAGCCAAGUGGCAGAACUCCGCGAUAACACUCCGCUGAAGCAAGAACUUUCAAUCUCACACAACAUGCUCAGGGUAUCCACACUCUGGCGAUGCAUUCUUCUCCAAGGCUACACUCUGUAGAAUUUACAUCAUUCAGCCCAACGGACCACAGAGCACUCCAGCUCUAGAGGUUCUGUCUAUUCAUCAUGGACUCGAUGAGCCAAAAGGCCUGUUUCUGAGCUGUAGUGCUCUGUGUCUAUCGCACAUCUCCAAGGUACAGCUCUUCACGGCCACAUUCUUCGGUGGUGGAGGACACGUCCAAGGAGCAGCUCCUCGCCCCAUGUCCUCCUGAGGAAACACAUAUGGUGACGUUUAGAAGUUGCAGUCAUUGUUCUGACCGAGUGGCAAGUUUGAAGUUGGUGGGUCCAGUGCUGGAUUGUUGCCAUAACCAUUGUUUUUGCUUCAAAACUCAACUCUGGACACUGCUAGCAGUCUUUCGAAAUCAACUGGUGCCUUUACUGUGCUUCAGUGGCCAACACUGAUAAUUACCGAGCACAUUCCGUCAGCUUCUUCAUUAACAUCCGCCCAGUAUAAUGGGACAAAGUUAUUCUCUUUUUGUUGUAAAUGUUCAUGGUAUUUAUGCAUGUGACUUAUUAUUAAAUGUAAACAGAAGACGUUUCUUACA